CCUCCUCCCUCCCACCAUGUCCCUCACCCUCAAACUCUCCUCCCUCGUCAUCCGCACCCUCUCCAAGCCCAUCGCCAACCAACUCAAAGCCCAAGCCCGCGAACAUGAACGCUUCCGCCGAAUCUGCGUCUCCAUGGCGCAAGGUCUGCACCAGAUCGACAUGCGCCUCCGCCUAGGCAGCAUCCGAGACACCGCGGCGUCCGAAAAACGCGCCGCCGCCGACGCGGCGCUCCGCAAACUCAAACCGUCCUCGCCGACCGCGAAGACCGAAGCCGAGGCCAGGGCCGAAGAGGCCGCGAUAGCGAAGGCGAAAGCGGCGGCGGAGGAAGCCGCCAAGCCAGCCCCCAAACCGCAUAUCCGGCCGUUGUCCGAGUCGAAGGCGAUCGAGUCCGGGGCCACGUUCAUCAGCGAGACGUUUCUGUUCCUGGUCGCGGGAGGGUUGAUUGUGUUUGAGUCGUGGAGGUCGCGGAGGAAGGAGACCACGCGGAGGGAGGAUGUGGAGUCGAGACUGGCGGAGUUGGAGCAGUCGGAGCGUGCGGCCAGGGAGGCCCUGUUGGCGCUGGAGAAGGAGGUGCUCCUGCAGAAGGCGAAGCAGGGUGGUUUGGCGAAGACCGCGCCGAGGAUUCUGCCUCGUGCCGUUUGGGAUGUGCAGCCGGAGGAGGUGAAGGAGCCUGAGGAGCCGGGCUUGUUGUCGUGGAUUGUCUCGUAUCUGCCCUUUGGGGAGAGCGCGGAGCAGCAGGCUGAGUCGGUCAUCAAGGAGAGCAGGACGGCGAAGCCUGAGGAGACCGGACCGCGUGCACCGGUGUUUGAAGCGGAACCGAAACCGAAACCCAAACCGACGGAGGAGAAGGCGCAAUAAGGCGUGUCAGUUGGUGUACAUAUCGGUAUAGACUUGGGCGAUAUAUGGUGUGGUGUAUACUUGGCGUUGUUUUGGAUACCCUUCUCAUGUGGCGAGGACGAGCGGCGUACAUAGACUAACUACCUAAUUCACUCCUCUCUUCUCCAAUCCGCCGCUCUCUACUCUCUCUCUCUCUCUCUCCCUCUCUCUCUCUCCCUCUCUCUCUCUCCCUCUCUCUCAUCUACGUCUCGCCAUGGAAAC